AAGAAAAAGUCGUUCAACGAGGAUAAGCCCUGGAAGCACCACAAAGACACUUCGCGGAUCUCUGAACUGGAGAGAAAGCGCUACGAAGGCGUGUGGGUCACUAACAAGGGCAUGUAUUUAGACUUGGUGGUCACCCCGUUGCACGCAAAUCCACAGGUAGACGACCCCUCAAUGGUGGCUGCGGCCCAUGCCGCCCAGACGACCGCAGAAGUGGAUGUUCAUAACUUGAUGCUUGGCGCGGUCGUGCGAGACAUCUGGCAGCGGAGCCGCUUGUCGGGAGAUGUGUUAAAACAGAUCUGGAGCUUGGUGGACCGCCGCCAUGAUGGGUGCUUGGAGAAGGAGGAGUUUGUGGUGGGCAUGUGGCUAGUUGACCAGUGUUUGUACGGCCGCAAGUUGCCGAAGCUGGUGCUGGAGGAGGUCUGGAACAGUCUCUCGCGGAUGAACGUCAACGUCGUGAUU